UUCAAAAUUUCUACAUUCAAUAGCACUUGAAUCAGCAGCGAGCGCUUUUACCUAUUCGCGGCGGCUAAGCCGCUUCAGUUCAUCAUACGCAAUCAGCCAGUGAAACUCGUGCAGUUGGACAUUGAAUUUAGAAAUCGCAAGUUGGAACGUUUCGUUUUUUUCGUAUUCAGAUUCAGAUUCAGAUUCGGAUUCUUGUUUUUGUUUUUGUUUUCGGUUUUGUUUUGUUUUCGUCUAAAAGUUCUAAAUUAAAAUAAUUUAAUUAAAUGCAGACUAAUUAAUAUACAAUACAUAAAUUUCAUUAGUAGAACAAUAAUAUACGAAAUUAAUAUAUAAAUGGAAUAAUCGCUCGUUAAUCGCUGUCAGUUGCAAAAUGCCAUGCGGAAUGUGUACGAUUUAAAUAAAAUAAAUUAAAAACCCAAAUAAAACCAAUGAAUUAAUAGUUUCAAUAUUAAAUUGAGAUUCGAUAGUGAAAGUCAAUUGCGCUGUACAAGCUUUGAGAGCAGAGGCAAUAAUAACAACAACAACAUACGCGCUUUUUUUUAGUUUUGUUAUUGUUUUGAAUUCGUUCCCAAGAAUUAUCGAAAAGUCAAUGUCAAGGAAUUAAGCUUCGAAGUGUUGUUGCACUUUUGAUUUUUGUUCAUUUGCUUUUCCUUGCACUUUUUAUUGUGUUUUGUUUUGAUUUCAACAACAGCAGCAGCAGCAGCAGCAACAACAAUAACAACGGUUUCAACACAAUUUAUUUUUUUUUAGUUAUUGUUGUUGUUUCUUAUUGUUAAAAAGUAACGAAACCUAGAAUGACUAAAGAUUCUGCGGAGAAAAGUAAAGAAUUGAUACGCGAGGAGACUUACAAGGAAAUUGUGACAAAUGAGUUGGAACGCAUCGGGAGUGGAGGUGCUUUUGUUUGGACUCUAUUUUUUCUCUGCGUAACACCGAACAUAUUAAACGGCUUUCAUGUUUCUUCUUACACAUUGCUCGGAUAUUUGCCGGCAGAUAAAUGGUGUAAUGUUCCUGAGCUUGGUAGUACAAAUUGGACACUUGAAGAGAAGCGAACUAUAGUGGAGGGCAACACAACUACAAAUGGCUGUACAAUCAAGGAUUGGAAUUACGAACUGCUAAGUACCAAAACUUAUGACGAAGCUAGAAUUUAUACAAUGGAAAUGUUAGCAAGUGAUCAGCCACCCAAAGAGAUUGAAUGUAACAAAAAGGGAGGAUUUAUAGAAUUUGAUGAACCUGACGGUACUUUUGUAGCUGAAUGGGAGUUAGUUUGUGAUCGCUCCAUACAGCGCACUUCUGCACAAAUGUUUGUAUCGCUGGGUAAAUUUUUUGGGUCCUUUACAUUCGGAAUAUUAGCCGAUAAAUUCGGCCGCAAGACAUCGUUUUCGUUGGGCGCCCUAGUGUAUGUCGUAUCUAGCUUUAUCUGUACUUUUACACCUUGGUACAAUUUAUUCUUGGUGGGUCGUUUUGGCUUGGGAGCAGCUUCAUCGGGUCUCUUCUAUGCAGCAUUUACAAUGAUUGUGGAAAAUGUUUGCCUCAAGCAUCGUUCUUGGAUGUCAAUUGCUUUUGCCGCAUCUUAUCCCAUCGGAAUGAUUUUCCUUGCUAUUGCUUCGUAUUUGAUAACAUCAUGGCGUUAUCUGCAAUUGACACUUUCGGUGCCGGCGUUAUUGCUGAUAUUUAAUUGCUACCUACUUAAUGAAUCACCUCGGUGGCUUAUCACCAAAAAACGGUAUGCUCAAGCGUACAAAAUUAUUUUCAAACAACGAAGCCACUAUGAGAUUGAGAAGACUGACGAAAUUAUCAGUACCAACACCAAGAAAGAAAUGAUGGAAAAAAAACCGACGUCAUUAUGGGUUAAAAUACAAGAAGGUCCAUUAAAGCAGUUCAUUGCGUUGUUCGCAACAUGGAAAGUGCGAAAAUUAAUCCUUACGUCCUAUUUUAUGUUUUGUGUUUCGUCCCUUAGUUACUAUGUAACUGCCUUAAAUGCUGCAAAUUUGUCUGUGAGUCGUUAUCUUUAUGUAGCCAUAACAGGCAUAGUGGAUAUUCCAUCCUAUAUUUUGCCAAUUAUAUUGCUCAAGUAUAAUGGACGGCGCCCAACAACAAUGUUCCUGUUUAUACUUACUGGAACAGCGUUAUUACUAGUUUUAGUGAUGCCCUCAGAUUGGAUAAUAUCCUUUGCUAUGCUCGGUAGAUUUGGCAUAAGUGCAACAUAUUCUAUUGUGACACUUUAUACUGCCGAACUGUACCCUACGGAAAUACGGAACUCUGCAUUAGGCACAUGUUCGACUUGGGCACAUGUGGGCUCCAUAUCGGCUCCUUACAUAGUUGAUAUUUUGGGACAAUUAGGUUGGUAUAUACCAACUACUAUUUGUGGUUGCUGCGUUUUUGUAGCUGGAUUGUUGACUAUUAAUUUACCAGAAACGAGUACUGUUAAACUGUCCGAUCGAAUUGAGGAAGUUCCAUCCGAAAGUGAUAAUACAACUAUAAAUACGAGUGGAAAAAAAUCUGAAAAUGACAAAUAUUAACAAUAUUCCUUCUAUAUAAAUUUAAGUAAUAUUUAUAUUUAUAUAUACGUUCAAGAUGUACAAAUUUAGUACAUAAUUAGUUAAAUUUAGAUAAUUUCUAUAUAAGUAAUUAUAUACCCCAAACAGUUU